CGUGCGUGCGUGAGGGCGUGCGGUCGUCCCGGGUGCGUCCCCUCGUCGCCGUGCGUUGUGACGUCGCGCGCCCCCCUCUGGAGUGUGUGGUGGCUGGAGCUGCCCUGUUUGUGUGUGAGUGAGAGUGUAUCUGUCAAAGAAGAGGAAUCCCAAAGAACCUACAGAGAACCAGGAGUUUCUGACAUACUUCUGUGCCACCCUGUUUCCCUACUGGUGUGAAAGUUGGUGUUCUAGUGGUGCCCAUGUGCUAACCCUCAUACUUGAAAACAUGUGAGGGGUUCCCCUUUCCUGUACUUUUCUUGACCCCUUUGUGGGUAAGUUGCUGCUAAGGCCAAGGCGCUGGCCAUCAUGAUGUUCCGGGACCAGGUGGGCAUCCUUGCUGGCUGGUUCAAAGGCUGGAACGAAUGUGAGCAGACAGUCGCCCUGCUGUCCCUCCUCAAGCGUAUCUCUCGCACCCAAGCCCGCUUUCUGCAGCUGUGCCUGGAGCACUCGCUGGCAGACUGCACAGAGAUCCAUGUUCUGGAGUCUGAAGCUAACAGCGCAGCCAUCAUCAGUCAAUGGCACCAAGAGCCAAAAGACAAAGUUGUCUCCCUGCUCCUGUCCCAUCUGCCCCUUCUCCAGCCUGGCAACACAGAUGCCAAGUCAGAAUACAUGAAGCUUUUGCAAAAGGUGCUGGCGUACUCGAUUGAAAGCAACCUCUUCAUAGAAGAAAGCAGGCAGCUCCUGUCCUACGCCCUCAUUCAUCCAGCCACCACCCUGGACGACCGCAGUUCCCUGGCACUUUGGCUCAACCAUCUGGAGGAGCGCCUUUCCAGCGGCUAUCCCAGCCAAGGCAGGGGACGGCCAGACACGGCCUACCACUCACGCCAAGGCUCAGAUGACUGGCAAGGUCCAGUGGAGACGGGCCUUGGCGAUCUGGGACACAGCUGGCAAGAGAAGACCCCGCGGGAAAAUGGGCACAUGUCCUUCCACCCUUCUGGCUCCAUGUCCUCGGCAAUCAAUAGCAUUGGGAGCAACACAAGCAGCACAGCUCUUCCUUGCCAAAUCCACCCCAGCCCGCUGAAGCGCUCCAUGUCGCUCAUCCCCACGGGCCAGCAGGUCCCCGGUGAGUGGAUGAACAUGGAUGAGAUGGGUGCCAGGACAGCCUUCAUCUCCAGCGGGGAGCACGCACCCCUCUCGCCCCAGAGCAGCGUGGCUUCCUCAGGCAGCGAGCAGACGGAGGAGCAGCCCGGCAGUCGUAACACCUUUCAGGAGGAUGGCAGCGGCAUGAAAGAUGUUCCCUCAUGGCUAAAGAGCCUCCGCCUCCACAAAUACGCAGCCCUUUUCUCCCAAAUGACUUACGAAGAGAUGAUGACCCUCACGGAGCAGCACCUGGAAUCGCAGAAUGUGACCAAAGGAGCAAGGCACAAAAUUGCCUUAAGCAUCCAAAAGCUGCGGGAACGGCAGAGUGUCCUGAAGUCCUUGGAGAAGGACAUUCUGGAAGGUGGGAACUUGUGGAACGCUCUCCAAGAACUGCAGCAGAUCAUCACCACCCCCAUCAAAGCCUUCCAUGCUCUGCAGGCUGCAGCAGCAUCCAAGGAGGCCCAGCAGUUGGCAGCUGAGCCGCGCGGAGGCUCCACGCUGGGCUUGGAGAAAAGCAGCAACAGCACCGAGGAAAAGGAGGCCACCGAAGACCCCUUCCCACCCGCAACAGGCUCUCCGUGCGAUGGAGAAUCCGGAGCAGCGCCUAUCGCCGAAGGGGACAUUGCAGGGCAGUUCACUCGCGUGAUGGGCAAAGUGUGUACGCAAUUACUAGUCUCCCGGCCAGACGAGGAGAACAUCACUAGUUAUCUCCAGCUGAUCGAGAAGUGCUUGAUGCACGAGGCCUUCACAGAGACCCAGAAAAAGAGGCUGUUGUCUUGGAAGCAGCAAGUGCUGAAGUUGCUCCGUACCUUCCCAAGGAAGGCCGUGCUGGACAUGCAAGGCUAUCGCCCCCAGAAAGGAUGGGCCUUUGGUUCUAACUCUCUCCCCAUAGCUGGAUCUGUGGGGGUGGGAGUGGCCCGCCGAGGACAGAGGCAGUUCCAGAUGCCCCCCCGUGCCAUCCCCCCAAGCCGCAUGGGGAUCCUUAGUCCCGUGGGGAUCGGUGGGGUCUCUCCCCGGCAUGGUUUGGCCAGCCCAAAUCUGGGGAGCCAGGGUCGGCAGAACCUGUGGUUUGCCAAUCCCGGCGGCAGCAACAGCAUGCCUGGCCAGAAUCGCAGCUCAGUCCAGCGGACCCAUUCGCUGCCUGUCCACACCUCCCCUCAGGCUAUCCUCAUGUUCCCGCAGGAUUGCCAGCUCCCUGGAACGGAUCUGGAGAUCAACCCCACGUUGGAGUCCCUGUGCCUGAGCAUGACGGAGCAUGCGCUGGGCGAUGGCACCGACAAGACAUCCACCAUUUGAGAAAGCUGGAUCUGCUGGCAUUCCUGAGAAGCUUUAGGAUGGCUGUUUAUUUUUCUCCUCCCACUCCUUUUUUUUUUAAACCCCUUCCCCCAGGGGUGUGUUGCUGUGGGGGUAGGUGAAUUGUUUGUUUUUCCUCGGACCCCCCAAACCUUCUCCAGCAUUCCUUAGCAGCCAGAGGGAUAGGGGAGAAAAAGCUGUCACUACAAUCUUACCAUCUUAUUGUGUUCUAAUAUUUUUCUAUUUUUUAUUAUUCUUAUAACUUCAGAUAUUGGUUUAAUAUUUUGAUGUACAUGGGAGAUGGCAGUCUCCCCAAUUUAACUUGCAAAGGCAGACGCCUAAAUUAGGCCACAUAUGAUCCCUUUCCCGAUC